AAUUCAAUGUUCAGUCUAAUGUGAGCCGUUGGAGAAGAGGUUCCCUAUCUACGCCGACCACAAUGGAAGUCGAUUUUGGAAUUCUAAUGCUACUAGUUUUAGCAGUGAUACUCCUGUACAAAUGGGUGACCAAAAAUAAUGAUUACUUUCACGAGAAACCAAUUCCGUCGAUGGCAGUGAAACCCCUGUUUGGAAGUACUGGUCCACUAGUCUUCAAGCGCUAUUCCAUGAACGGGUUUAUAAAUCACAUUUACAACAAGUAUCCAAACGCAAAAGUCUUCGGAUUGUUCGAUUCUUUGACUCCAAUUUUCGUGAUUCGGGAUCCAGAAUUAAUUAAAAGAAUCACGGUCAAGGACUUUGACCACUUUGUGGACCACCGGCCAACCUUUGGAAACAGUAGAAACGAUCAUCCAGAUUCGCUUUUUGGAAAAAUUAUAUUCGCGAUGGAAGGUGAAAAAUGGCGGGAUAUGAGAGCCACGCUUAGCCCUGCCUUCACUGGCAGCAAAAUGCGUCAAAUGUUCGAAUUGGUCAUUGAAUGCUGCGAAAAUGUUUCCAAGCACUACUUGGCUCAAUCAGGACAGUCGCAAGAGGUGGGACUUGGCAGUCUUUUUACUCGCUUCAAUACCGACGUGAUCGCCUCGUGCGCAUUUGGAUUUAAAAUAGACUCUUUCCGUAAUCCUGACAACGAAUUUUUCAUGAACGGAAAAAAUAUGAUGCGAUUCGAAAGGAUUAGUGUUGCCCUGAGAAUAUUUGGAUUCAAACUGUUUCCCACCACGAUGGGAAAGCUGGGAAUCGAUGUCAUCGAUCGAGAGCAGGUUCGGUUUUUCCGGGCCAUAAUAAUGAAUACCAUUCGUGAGCGCCAAACAAAAGGGAUUGUUCGGACAGAUAUGAUUCAUUUGUUAAUUCAAGCACGAAAUGGAAUGCUUCGACAUCAACAGGAGAAAGAACACGACGAAGGAUUUGCCACGGUUCAGGAAUCCGAUAUCGGGAAGGCUGUAGCGUCGCAGAAAAUGACUGAAAACGAGAUGGUCGCUCAAGCCUUCGUGUUCUUUUUGGCAGGUUUUGAAACUGUUUCCACUACCUUAACGUUUCUGGUUCAUGAUUUGGUAAUGAACGCGGAUGUGCAACAGAAACUAUACGAAGAAAUUCAAACGACAGAGAACGAGUUAGAUGGGAAAACACUAAACUAUGAUACCUUGCAAAAGAUGCGGUACAUGGACAUGGUUGUGACAGAGAGCUUGCGGAUUCGUCCGGCUGCAGCCUUUUUGGACAGAUUGUGCAUUCAUGAUUAUAUACUGGACGAUGGCGAAGGUUUGAAGUUCACUAUUAAUAAGGGUACCGCUAUUUGGAUCCCAAGUCAGGGCAUCCAUCUUGAUCCCAAGUACUACCCCGAUCCCACCAAAUUUGACCCAGAACGUUUCAGUCUUGAUAAUAGAAGCAAGAUCAACCCCUUCACUUAUCUACCGUUCGGAACUGGACCGAGAAACUGCAUUGGAUCCCGUUUCGCUUUGAUGGAAAUCAAAGCGAUAAUAUACUAUUUACUAUUGCACUUCACAUUUGAACGAAACGAUAGAACUCAAGUGCCUCUCAAGCUACGCAAAGGAUUUACCAUAGUGGCAAGUGAGAGUGAGGUAUACGUAGAAUUGAAGAAGCGCCAGGUGUAGUAAUUCAUUUAUGAACCAAUAUAAUCACUUAUUUUUUAAACAAAAGGAUAUUUUAUAGCCCCUCGGUUCUAUCGUAUUAGUAAUUCGACGAAAUAUGGCGAUAACUCCUGGAAAUUUAAUGAUUAUUCAGAAAUGUGACAUUGAAUAACUUUUCUUACCAUUCCCAUUUUAGUAUUUUAUUUGAUACAUCACGCGACGUUAAUUUCAAAGUGAAUCAACACAUGGAUUAGAUGGGUAAUUAAGGUAUUAUGAGAUAGAAGAGAACCAUUCGCGAUUUUUUUUAGGAUGAAUUAGGAAAAUGACUCGUUUUUUGUUAUGUACAAUAAAUUAAUAAAUCGACUUUGAAAUAUUUGAGACCGAUUCUACUUAGAGAGACAAAUUAUUUUUGAAACAUGGAAUAGGCAUUCACUUAGAAUUAGGGGAUACUUCAACAUCGGAAUAAUUUCGGGGAAUAAUAAAGCAUUUUUAAAACCUA